AUGUUUUCCUCAACCUUUGGAUCUUUUGAACCUCUUCUGAGUGACAGUGCUCAGUUUCCUUCUGUCUAUCAGAUGGCCCCCAAAGACACUUCUCUGGCCCAUGGCAUGGUCUCCUUGAUGCUUCAUUUCAGCUGGACCUGGGUGGGUUUGGCCAUCUCAGACCUCCCAAAAGGUAUUCAGUUUAUGUCCAAUUUGAAAGUCGAGAUGCAGAAGAAUGGCAUCUGUGUAGACUUUGUGGAAUUCAUCCCAGUCACUGAGGAGUCACAUAAUUCAUUCCAGAGGCUGUAUCAUAUCCAGAUCCUAAAAUCAUCAGCAAAUGUGGUGAAUCUUUUCUGUGACACUGAUUCACUCAUAGGCAUCAGCUUUCCAACAUGGGAACGUGUAAUGACAUGGAAAGUCUGGGUCACCACCUCACAAUGGGAUUUUGCCAGCGAUGAGCAUCAUAUCCUGCUCCACUCAUUCCAUGGGACUCUCAUUUUUUCACACCACCAUGGUGAGAUCUCUGGUUUCAAAAACUUUCUUCGGACAGUUAACCCUUCCAAAUACCCAGAAGACUUUUACCUCUCUACAUUCUGGUCACUAUAUUUUGAUUGCUCAGUUACUGGGCCAUCCUGCAAAACCUUGAGAAACUGUCCACUGAAUGCCUCCUUGGAAUCCUUGCCUUUUCAUCAUUUUGAUAUGAGCAUGAGUGAUGGGAGUUACAACAUAUACAAUGCUGUGUAUGCUGUGGCCCACAGUGUACAUGAGAUGCUUCUACAAGAGUUAGAAAUGCAGCCAGUGAGCAAUGGGGAAAAGGUGGCAUUUUCUCCUUGGCAGGUAAUUUGUGUCAAAUUUGCACCCUUUCUCAAGAACCUCCAAUUUACCAAUCCUGUGGGUGACCUAAUGAAUUUAAAUCACAUGAGGAAUUUGGAAGCUGAAUAUGACAUUCUCAAAUUUCUGAAUUUUCCAUAUGGUGUUGGACAUAAAGUUAAAGUAGGACAGUUUUCCCCAUAUGUUCCACAGAGCAAACAGUUGUCUCUCUCUGUGAAUUUGAUAGAGUGGGCCACAGGAAUUACAGAGACUCCACGUUCAGUAUGCAGUGAGAGUUGCAGCCCUGGAUUCAGGAAAGCCCCUCUGGAGGGGAAGCCUACCUGUUGUUUUGAUUGCACACCUUGUUCUGAGAAUGAGAUUUCCAAUCAGACAGAUAUGGACCAGUGUGUGAAGUGUCCAGAUCUUCAGUAUGCCAACACAGAGCGAAACCAGUGCUUCCACAAAAGAGUGACCUUUCUGUCGUUUGAAGAUGCCCUGGGGAUGACCCUGGUCUGCACAGCUCUGUGCUUCUCUGUCCUCACCGUUGUUGUCCUUGGGGUCUUUGUGAAGCACCGAGACACUCCCAUAGUCAAGGCCAACAAUCGUUGUCUCAGCUACAUCCUGCUCAUCACCCUCAUCUUCUGCUUCCUCUGCUCCUUAGUGUUCAUUGGUCGUCCCAACAAAACCACCUGUGUCCUCCAGCAGACCACAUUUGGAGUGGUAUUCACUGUGGCUAUUUCCACUGUCCUGGCCAAAACUAUCACUGUGCUUCUGGCCUUCAGGGUCACUGGCCCAGGGAGAAGAAUGAGACACUGGCUGAUAUCAGGGUUACCUAACUCCAUUAUUCCCAUCUGCUGCCUGAUCCAACUGGCUCUCUGUGGCUUCUGGCUUGGGACUUCUCCUCCCUUUAUUGACACAGAUGCACACUCUGAGCAUGGCCACAUCAUCCUGGUGUGCAACAAGGGCUCUGUCACUGCCUUCUACUGUGUCCUGGGCUACCUGGGUUCCUUGGCCCUGGCCAGCUUUACUGUGGCUUUCCUAGCCAGGAAUCUGCCUGACACCUUCAAUGAAGCCAAGUUCCUGACAUUCAGCAUGCUGGUGUUUUGCAGUGUCUGGGUGACCUUCUUGCCUGUCUACCACAGCACCAAGGGGAAGGUCAUGGUGGCUGUGGAGGUCUUCUCCAUCUUGUGCUCCAGUGCAGGGCUCCUGGGCUGCAUCUUUGUUCCCAAGUGCUACAUUAUUCUCUUCAGACCUGAGAAGAAUGCUUUGAAAGGAUUCAGGGAUAGAAUAAUUUCCAAGGAAACAGAUGUUCUCAGGAAUAGCUCUUAG